AGGUCACCACAGAGAAGGAAGAAGCACAGAUCUACACCGAACUCCCAAGGAGAAGAAGCGGGAGAGAUACACAACAGGGGGGAGUGAAGGAGAGAGAAUUCAGGGGAGGACGAAAACAUCAUCAUGGUUUCAAUCACAGAGACUCAGAAGAUUGGUGUUGGUCUCACAGGCUUCGGCCUCUUCUGUCUGCUCUUUGGCGUGCUGCUGUACUUUGACUCUGUCUUACUGGCAUUUGGGAAUGUUCUUUUUCUGGCUGGCCUUGCGUUCAUCAUUGGCCCGAGAAGGACGGCAGGGUUCUUCUUCCAGAGACAGAAGCUCAGAGGCUCCACCUUCUUCCUCGGUGGCGUGGCCUUGGUGCUGUUCCGCUGGCCAAUCAUCGGCAUGGCUGUGGAGAGCUACGGCUUCCUGCUCCUGUUCAGGUCAUUCUUCCCUGUGGCGUUUGGAUUCAUUUUAUCAUUGGUUAAUAUCCCCUAUCUCAAUGUGGGAAACAGCUCCUCUAUGGUCUGAGAGAAUAGAAAGGUAGGGGAAGCUCUCUCUACAUGUCUCUCUCUCACUAUCUCUAUGCUUUCCCUUUCUUAUCUCCGUUACACAACAACUUCCUAGGAAGUGGCCCUUCCAUGGUCUGAGGAAAGAGAAUGAGAGUGGAAGAGUUGAAUGGAGGCUGCAAAGAAGAGAGGAGGAAUGAACGUGAUGGAUUAAAAAAGGAAAAGCUUAUGGGCUACGACCUUUGACAGAGACUGACAGAGAAGUGGUGGAGACGAGGUAGCUAAGAGCCUUGUCCAUCAACAAGUAUUAACCAAUGGACUUGAACUAUUCUUCUUAAAACGUUUGUAUAAAAAUGAUCUGCCAGAGAAACCAUGUGUGGCAAUGAGUGUUUGCCAUUCCACUAAUGUAUUUAUAAUAAAACCAUGUUUUUGAUCUACAGUUUAUCAUAUCCUUUACUACACACUUUAUUUUAAGGUAAACAUGUAAUCUAUUACUUUGUAGAUGACAGUGUACAUUUCAAAAGUUUUGGGUGAUGUCUGUAUUUCAUUUAUAAAUAGAUAUGCCUUCUAUUAUUCA